CAGAUAUGAUUCAAGCAUUGUUGGAGCUGUGAUCCAGUUUUGUCCCACAUGUAAUCGUCAGGCUGGACAACUAUUAUUUUUCCUUUAUGAACUUCACAUAAGCACUUUCUGACUUUUGUAGUUUUUUCAGAAUGUUUUCAUUGUGUAAUCGUUUUCUUAUCGUGGGUCUCUGUCCUUUAUUUCUUCUAAAGCAUCAAAGUAUUACUGUUUGUAGUUUCUUUGCUCUUCAUCCCAACCACAAGCGUGCAGUGCAACUGUGUUUACUGAAAUAUCACGUGCGAAAAGCCUCUGCAGUCGCAAUAUAAACAAAACCAAAGUAGUCAAAUGGGUGCAUUUUACUGUUCAAUCUGCAGGAAAACGGAUUUUUCUGGAAAAGGACACAUCUAUGGAAAAAGCCACCAGAGUAAGCUUAAAAUUGUUAUCGUCAAGUUCAUGGAGAAGGUCAAAGAAGCGCGGCGGACCAUCAAAAAUCCUCAGGUGGAGAAAUACAGUCCUGAUCAUGAUGUUAAAUUCUGGUGUUAUUGUUGUGGGCUGGAGGUGCAAAAACAUGUGACGGACAGUAACAUCACUGUGCUGCACGGAGGACUGCUUGAGCACAUGAGCACGCUAGAUCACCGGAAAAACACACUCAAGUUCUGGUGGGAGAAUAAAGCAGACCCCAAACUGAGAGACAAGUUCAUCGUAACAGAGGAGGAAACUGAUAGAUUCAAGUCUGAGGUUGUCAAGGCUCUUGAACAGUUUGAGGAAAACAGUGAUGUGUUUAUUAAAGAGCAAGCAGCAGUGAUCCGCUCUCAGGAGCAGCACAGACUGGAAGUCCUGCAGGCAUUAUCAGAGCCUGAUCCAGAAUUGCUACAGCCUGCUGAACUGGGCCAGCACAACAAUGAACACACAGCCAGAAGUUCCCACAGUGGCACUUAUGAAAUGGGGGUGCUGCCAGAAUCAAGCCAUGACAAUCUUCCAUCACACAGUCAGUGGAAUGAUUCCGGACUGGGCUUAACUUUCGUCGGUUACCAGGACUCUUCCAGCAGUGUCCAUACUGGAGCUGUGCCACCGUGGCUACUGGAGGAGCCUGAUGAGGGAUUAGGCAGCGGCCAGCAGGAAAUGGGUCCCUCACUUCAGGAGUUUCUCAAACACAAGGAACAUGAGAAACUCCGAAAGCUUCCUCCUAACCGUGUGGGGGCAAACUUUGACCACAGCUCACACACUGAUGCCAACUGGCUGCCAUCGUUUGGACGCGUGUGGAAUAGUGGCAGGCGCUGGCAGUCUAGGCAUCAUUUCAGAGAAGAGGAGGUCAAAACCAGGGGCAAGAGGAAGUGGGCAGAUGCUAAGAAAGAAACAAAGAAACAAAAAGGCCUCAGUAAUGGAGAUUUAUUUGCUUAAAUGGAGCUGACAUUAAGUUGCUUAAUUCUUUGUGAACUACUAAAGUCAAUUGUUUAUGGCAAACUGUCAUUUUCACUUUCUGCUUAGAGAAAAUGACAAAUGUUAGCCUGUCCACAGUCAAGCAUAGCAUCUUAAUUUAUGAACAGCAAAGGUCAGUUGUGUCAUAGAAAGUGUUGGUGUAUUCAGUAUGUGUGUAUAUUGAAUAUCUCAUAUUGAGAAAUACUUGAAAGCCAAUAAUUAGUAUCCUUGGUGUUUAAUUUAGCACCAGUUUUGAACAUUAAAUACAAAUACUUGUAAUGUUUUCAUUUCAGAUGGUCUUUCUUAGGGUUUACAAAGUAUUUAUUUGGACAAGAAAUUAAAUACACCAUUUGUGUUUCCAGUUUAUUGAAUAAAUCUGCUACAGAUGAAA